UGUUAAUGUACUCCAAGAUGGCGACCUCCACCGUUCUGUAUUAUACGGUAUCGGCAAUUGCAACAAAAGGACAUUAUUGACACACGUCAAAACUUUUAUUGUUGGUUGCUGCAAAGACAAGCCGGUUUAGUAUAUCGAAUCUGAAACGCUAAAAUCUUCUCCAAUGCUUUGUACAUUUGUAGAACUGCGCGCCGUGUUAGACUGAGGGGAUUUGCAUUAACCGAGCAUGGCCACCGACAACAUAAUUAAUUUCUGGAGGAAAAACGCGAAGGUUCCAGGAAGUAUACAGCCAGUUUAUGGAGCACAGCAUCCUCCCCUUGACCCCAGAAUCCACCGCACGUUUCCUAAAGACACUCCCAAGGGAAACAAUCUCAAGUCUAAAAAAGCAUCUAGUUUCCACGAAUUUGCCCGUAGCACCAACGACGCCUGGGACAUUGAUGACGAGGACGAUGAGGACUUGUUAGCUCCCAUUCACCCCUCAUCUCUCCCGUCCGCCCUGCACUCCGUGCACCAGGUGCCUCCUCUUCCUUUACAACAACCCAGUGACACCACCAGGGAGCCAGACACGGGGCCUGCAGACCGGCUGGCUCCCCCAACAGCAGAGAGCUGUCUUCAGCAGGAGGAGGACGCAGACGGUGGACAGGUCAAUGGCAGAGUUGUGGUGAAGUCCAGCAGUGAGGCCCUGCUCAACACCAAUACAGUGCGCUCCACCCUGCAGAAGCAACAGUCUCUCCCAGUUCGUCCUAUCAUCCCGUUAGUCGCCAGAAUCUCUGACCAAAAUUCCUCGGGGGCCCCAAUCAUGACAGUGCGAGACAAGAGCCGAUUGGACAAAUUCAAAUACCUUCUGUCCUGUCCUAACACCGACCUUGAGGAGCUCCGGAAGCACAGCUGGUCAGGUAUUCCACGAGAAGUGAGGCCCAUUACAUGGAGGCUCCUCUCUGGUUACCUCCCAGCCAACAUGGAGCGCAGAGACCUGGUGCUGAAGAGGAAGAGAGACGAGUACUUUGGCUUCAUUGAACAGUAUUACCACUCCAGGACAGACGAAACUUACAAAGACACAUAUAGACAGAUCCACAUCGAUAUUCCGAGGACAAAUCCACUAAUUCCACUUUUCCAGCAGCCCACUGUGCAAGAGGUGUUUGAGAGGAUCCUCUUCAUCUGGGCUAUCCGCCAUCCAGCCAGCGGCUACGUCCAGGGAAUCAAUGACUUGGUCACUCCAUUCUUUGUUGUCUUCCUCUCCGAAUUUGUUGAGGAGGAUGUGGAGAAUUUUGACGUAGCUUCCCUGCCUCUUAACACCCAGAGGAACAUUGAGGCAGACAGUUUCUGGUGCAUGACCAAGCUGCUGGACGGAAUACAGGACAACUACACUUUUGCUCAGCCAGGGAUUCAGAACAAUGUGAAAGCUUUGGAAGAAUUGGUCAGCAGAAUCGAUGAGGACAUACACAACUACUUUAAGAGGUAUGAGGUGGAGUACCUGCAGUUUGCUUUUCGUUGGAUGAACAACCUGCUGAUGAGAGAGCUGCCUCUACGCUGCACCAUACGCCUCUGGGACACCUAUCAGGCUGAACAAGAGGGCUUCUCCCACUUUCACCUCUACGUCUGUGCUGCUUUCCUGAUUGAGUGGCGCAAAGAGAUCCUCUCCAUGGUCGAUUUUCAGGGUCUUCUCAUGUUACUCCAGAACCUUCCCACAAUCCACUGGGGGAAUGAGGAAGUGGGCCUUCUCCUGGCUGAAGCGUACAGACUCAAGUACAUGUUCGCUGACGCGCCCAAUCACUACAGGAGAUAGGCUUCUAUGCAAUGGUGUAAAACAGAUUCUGAUAUACUGUUAGGAGGAAUGUACGGUUUCCGUCCUCUCUUUGAUAUGACUGGCCGACAUAUAGCUUGCACACAGGUACAGAAUCAUUAGCUCAAAAUAGGAACCUUCAAACCCUAUUUCUACUAUAGUUUUCUUGCAGGUUCUCUCUGUUUGUUAAGACUUUUAUUGGCAAGUUACAUUCCACUGACACUGCAGCGUAUUAUCUCCGAGCCACUGGCUUAGACAUCUCAAUAGCAGUCUGUUACAAUUCAUGAGGUAGGCAUCGAGUAGGUUCUGGACAUACAACACAGCUAAUCCUCAACUGACUAGGUAUCCCCCUUUACCUUCAACCUUACUCCUAUUAACCAUAACCUUAUGUGAGUUCUGGUAUUGGAGCUCUACACUGUUCUGGUAUUGGAACUCUGCACUGUUCUGGAAUUGGAACUCUACACUGUUCUGGUAUUAGAACUCUACACUGUUCUGGUAUUAGAACUCUAUACUGUUCUGGUAUUAGAACUCUAUACUGUUCUGGAAUUGGAACUCUAUACUGUUCUGGUAUUGGAACUCUAUACUGUUCUGGUAUUGGAACUCUAUACUGUUCUGGUAUUGGAACUCUAUACUGUUCUGGUAUUGGAACUACACUGUUCUGGUAUUGGAACUACACUGUUCUGGUAUUGGAACUCUAUGCUGUUCUGGUAUUGGAACUACACUGUUCUGGUAUUGGAACUACACUGUUCUGGUAUUGGAACUACACUGUUCUGGUAUUGGAACUCUAUACUGUUCUGGAAUUGGAACUACACUGUUCUGGAAUUGGAACUCUAUACUGUUCUGGUAUUGGAACUCUAUACUGUUCUGGAACUCUAUACUGUUCUGGUAUUGCAGCUCUACACUGUUCUGGUAUAGCAGAUCUAUGCUGUUCUUGUAUUGCAGCUCUACACUGUUCUGGUAUUGGAACUCUACACUGUUCUGGUAUUGGAACUACACUGUUCUGGUAUUGGAGCUCUAUGCUGUUCUGGUAUGGGAACUCUAUGCUGUUCUGGUAUUGCAGCUCUAUGCUGUUCUGGUAUUGCAGCUCUAUGCUGUUCUGGUAUUGGAGCUCUAUGCUGUUCUGGUAUUGCAGCUCUAUGCUGUUCUGGUAUUGAACUCUAUACUGUUCUGGUAUUGGAACUCUAUACUGUUCUGGUAUUGAACUCUAUACUGUUCUGGUAUUGGAGCUCUAUGCUGUUCUGGUAUUGGAGCUCUAUGCUGUUCUGGUAUAGGAGCUCUAUGCUGUUCUGGUAUUGGAGCACUAUGCUGUUCUGGUAUUGCAGCUCUAUGCUGUUCUGGUAUUGCAGCUCUAUGCUGUUCUGGUAUUGGAGCUCUAUGCUGUUCUGGUAUUGCAGCUCUAUACUGUUCUGGUAUUGCAACUCUAUGCUGUUCUGGUAUUGCAGCUCUAUGCUGUUCUGGUAUUGCAGCUCUAUGCUGUUCUGGUAUUGGAGCUCUAUGCUGUUCUGGUAUUGCAGCUCUAUGCUGUUCUGGUAUUGCAGCUCUAUGCUGUUCUGGUAUUGCAGCACUAUGCUGUUCUGGUAUUGCAGCUCUAUGCUGUUCUGGUAUUGAAUUCUAUACUGUUCUGGUAUUGCAGCUCUAUGCUGUUAUGGUAUUGCAGCACUAUGCUGUUCUGGUAUUGCAGCUCUAUGCUGUUCUGGUAUUGAAUUCUAUACUGUUCUGGUAUUGGAGGUCUAUGCUGUUCUGGUAUUGCAGCACUAUGCUGUUCUGAAUAUUGCAGCUCUUUACUAUACUGCAUAAAUGAAUGAUAUUUUAAUCCAGAGGGGAUAAAUACUCGACCAUCGGUUUAUGGUCUUUUAAAUUCAAAUUCAUACUGGCAUUAAUCAGUAUUGGUUGUCUCAGAAGUUUUAACAUAUACUUGAAAGAACUCUGAAUGGAUGAUGACUGUUUAAGUGAUCAUCGUUCAAGUUUCAGAGAAUAUAUUUUGAGUUAUUUCGAUUUUUAUCUAACAGAGUUUUGUGGUAGAAGCUAGUCCACAUAUUUGACCACUUUGUCCCCACUUGUUCCCUUCAUGUCUAUAUUGAGUCCAGUAAAAGGCCAGUCUGAAUAUCUACUGAACAAAUUGUCCAGUGUAGUACAACGUGAUACAGGAGGUGUCACAGCUGUUACUAAUAGCCGCUCUGUAGACCAGAAAAAGGUACUUUAUUUCAGGGCUUAUCUAUAGUGGUGCCAUAUUGAAUCACAAGGCCUCAAUGUGAAUAGGGUGAGAAUGGGGACCGUGUGUUUUUAGAUGGUGUAUUAUUUUUAACACUUUGAGCUACAUUUUCAGUUCAUCUGUAUCUUAGGUUAUGUUUAUCUCAACUGAUUACUAGCUAUUUUGCUUUGUAAUUCUCAGGCUUAAUUUUUCACAUUCAGAUUAGUCUCACUUUCUUUUUAGAUUAUUUGCAACUGUGGCACAUAUGAAAGUUACUAAAUUGUUUCAAAAUGAAGUUGUCAUUUGAAACUGAUGAGACCUUCAAGUAAUGUACAUUUAAGAGUAUCUGACACUUUACCAAAUGUAUAUUUUGUAUGUUUGCGGUGUCCAUAACAUGCGCUGAAGAUUUUGCAUUGUUUAUUUCCUCUUUCUGAAUAUAUAUACAAAGCAACCAGUGCAAUCUAAAUCAACAAUCUGCAACACGAUGUAAUGACCAUCCAGGAAGCUCUUCAGAAAGGAGAGAAAAAUGACUGUUGUACUUCCCUGUCUGUUGUUUGCAACAGCAUCUACUCUUAUUUAGUAUGUUUAACUUAAACACUUGUCUGUUAACUUUAAUAAUAUAGAAGUGAAAAUUGUGUAUAUUAAGAAUUCAAAUGUUAAGAUUUGUUUUUCAGUAAAUGAAUGUGUUUUGACUUGCCUCUGAGGGUUGUCUGAUAAUGCUGAUGUUGAUAUUCAAAGGCAACUUUUAGUAGCCCUCCCGAGUCCCUACACAGUUACUUGAUCUGUUGGAAACUGUGAUAUCAACACAGCUGGAUUUCAAGUCUGUAAUGAUGCCUUUGUUAUAAGCAUUUGUAAUGCACUUUGACUAGCAUAGAAAACUGAAAUGCUAUCAUUUGCCCUGUUUUGUUUGUACAGCAUUUGUGUUUCAAUUUAAAUAUUGGGGUUAUGUAGUAGCUUACCUGCUGUGACCUCACUUAGGGGACGUAAAGCAGGAAUAGUAAUUACAUUUAAACAAUGGAAUGUGAAUAUUUAUGUUACUAUUUUACCAACCUUCAUAACCAUUUCUCUGCUAAUGGUACGAAAGUUUUGACAAUCAUUAUUUAGAUUUUAUAAUUCUUGUAUUGGCAUUGAGGUUCAAGUUUGUGAAAUUGACAUGUGGAUAUGGUAUUGAACAAUAUGGAGUACAUUUGUUUUGUCAGGUUUUAGUGACCCUAUGACAACCUAAAAAAAAAAAAAUGUUUUAACUGAAGUUCGGGUUUUUAAAUCAUCAGUACUAGGACAGGGACCUUGGUGGUAUUAGACCUGUAAUGAUAUGAAUUAACGUCAUGAUACUGAGGAAACAGAAGUGCCAUAACUUCCAAACCAGUAUUAUUCUCAUUUUGGUUUUCAAGAUCACCAUGUAGUUCAAUUAGGAUUUUUCUGCAAUUUAAAUCAUCUAAUUUAAUCAUUCUACUUUUGAUUUCUGCAUUGUUCCCAGUGGACAUUUUACCAUGUCUUCUCAAUUCAGGGUUUUUUUGUAGAACAAAUUCAGACUCAUGUUCGUUGUUGGCAUUAUCAAAUAUAUAAUGAUUACUUUGUGUAUUUAAAUAUUUACCUUUCAGCCUUAAAAGUAAACUAUGCUCUGUCCUCAUGUGUUUACUUGCUCCCAAAAAUGUAUGAUUUUAUUAUUUAAAUUGAAUUCAUUCUACAUUUUGUAUUAUUCAAUCCAUGUCCCAUGUUGUUUUAGGGUCAUUCAAAGGUUUCACUGCAUUUAGGUUUUAAAAACAAGAUGUACAGUAAUGUAACCUGAAUUCAUUGUCUUAAAAUUAAUCUGUAGUCAUUUCGUUUUCAUUUUCUUAUCUUCAAUGCCAAACUAUUUGGCCAAUAAUGUUUUCAAUUCAGUUCAAUGCUUCUGUAGUCAUUACUGGUUUUAGCCUUAAAUGGAGGAAAUAUUACAGUAAUCUGCUGUAUAUAAAGGUUUAGUUUAUAUUAAACGAUUGCUACCCUUUG